AUGGCCAUCUCCGGCUCCGUGAACCAGACCGAGCAGAGCACCGGCGGCUCUGGAGACUGCUUCCACGCCUUCCACGCCAUCAUCGACAGACUCUGCCACUACAGCGAACUGGGCUCUCUCUUCUACUCGAGAUGCUCCGACAGCCGCAUACCGGUCAACCAUGCCAAGAAGCGACUGAUGUCAAUUAAUGACGAGCGGUUCAAAACCAUCUCGCGCCGCGGGGCCGAAUGCAGCGACUACCUCAAAGCAUCCGAACAUUUCUUUGACAUUUUAAGAUGCGACGUCCAUCAACCUCCCCACUCUUCUCUCUCCUUUCCCGAGCCCAUAAAGAACGCCGUAGCAACCCGGCGACCACCAUCCGUUUACUUGCUGCUGAAGCAACCUGUGCGGUUUUACGGCCGAGACCGCGAACUGGAGCAGAUAGGCAAGAGCUUGGGAGACCCCAGCAGCGUUACGAUUCGCGGAAUCGCCGGAGUGGGCAAGACGUCCAUAGCGCUGCGCCUUUCCCACCUGUCCCUCUCCAACCACAGCGUCAUCAUAUGGAUCAAGAGCGAGGGGGGCGCGGCCUUGGACCAGGGCUGCCACGAGGCACUCCGCCGCUUGCAGGUGAUUGACGACGCCGAAAAGCCCGGCGUCGAGAUCAGACAGAAGUGGAGGGAUUACUUGGCACGCGCAGUUGGUCAGCUGGUGGUCUUCGAUAACGUCGAGCGCAGUAUCGAUCUCGACCAGUUCUGGCCCCUCGGAGGGAACGGAAAGAUCCUAGUCACAACCCGGCAUCCGGGGGUGGGCUUCCAGCUGACGGACGACGAGACCACCAUCUCUCCAAGUCUAGUCCAAGAUUGCCACAAACUGGACCAUGCAUCCAAGCUCGUAGGCGAUAUGUUUCCAAAGGAGCAUACUGGCCAGCGCUUUACUGGACGGUGGGACGAGUGCGCCAAGUAUAUCCAGCAUGCCAUCUCGCUAAGCUGCCACUAUUUGCAAGGGAGCCCCGACAUCUGGCCGCUACUCAGCCCCGGCGGGCUUUGCGAAGCUGAUGGGAUGGGCUUCCUGACUACCAUCAGCCGGUGGAUGAUUGGGCAUGACUAUAUUGUUCUUGGCAAUGGCCUGCUCGCGUUGAAGCGGUACGAAGAAGCAUCACAGGCCUACAGCACGUCGAGAAGCGUAUUGAGCGCACCGGGCAAGCAACUAGCAGUCGCAAUUGUCCUCGACAAGCUGGGAUAUGUUGCGUACUAAACAGGCUCCUACUCGGAGGCGGCGUGAAUUUUUCCUCCCGCCACAGCAGCACUCUAAUGAAGCCGACCCUAUAGCCCUUACCUCCCCGCCAACUAGUCCUCCUAGACAACUCUUCCGUGGAUCUGUGGCUAUAUCAAGCCAGUUUCCAAUCAUUCCAGCAGAGCACGCUCGCACGCUCGCACCCAGUUUAUGCUCGCCCAGGCAUUGAGCAUGGGCGCAGCACCCGUGGAUUCGAACGAGCAGUCGAGAACUCUACAAUGGUCGCAACCUUGAUGCAGAAAUACCACGCGUCAACGGUUACUUCAGACUAUGUCUCGUGUUUUAAGGCUUCGGAUUUCACUGUUUUCAUUACAGCGAAGUAUCAGUAGGUGCAGUAAGUGGUUGGUUUUGUUUAGGGCACGUUCCCAAACACCAACGAAGAUAGUAUAUUGUGUAGCCAAUACAAGCCAGAUUUCAU